GUUACUAGGAUCCAUCAAGAGCUGAGACACAUGCAGGUUACCUUAUCGCUUUAGACAGCUAUUCCACGAAUGUUAAAGCAGUUCAAGCAGUUUGCUCGAUUAGCUUACAGUAAAGAACGAUGCUGUUCAAGACCAUUUGUUUUCGAUUAAUGCACAGAUACAGUGGAGUGUCAAAACAUACAAGUGUUGUAAGGUUGUCGUCGAGUGCAGCAGAGGGCGCUGUUGCUCCUCCGGCAAACUGUAGGAUCACAGCAGAGCAGGCAGUCGGACUGUGGGCUCAACACUUCACACUGCACGGCAUCUCCGAGCCUCAUCUGUCUAGUCAAUAUAUAAUAUCUCAUGUACUUGGCCAAAAAACUCUGGAAUGUGUGCCGAGGAAAAGGCUGAGAGACACCCUGACUGACAGGGAAAUAGAAAGAGUGUGGAAAUUAUGCUCCAAACGCCUAUCAAGGAUGCCUGUACAGUAUGUGAUUGAGGAAUGGGACUUCAGAGACCUGACCCUGAAGAUGAAGCGUCCCGUGUUCAUACCCCGUCCUGAAACAGAGGAGCUGGUUAGUCUGGUUCUAGAGGACCUCCGGUUGAUACAGGGGGAAUCGCACAGGACUGAUUUACGAGGUCUGGAGGUGGGCUGUGGAUCUGGAGCCAUCUCUCUUAGUUUACUACACAGCAUUCCACAGCUUAGGGUAUUUGCUUUGGAUCAAAGCCAGACAGCAGUAUGUCUUACAACGGAAAAUGCAAACAGACUGGGUCUACAGGACAGACUAGAUAUUCACCAUUUAGAUGUGAUUAAGGAUGCAGAUGCGAUACUGAGAGAAUGUGACCCGGUUGACUUUAUAGUGAGCAACCCUCCCUACUUGCUCAGUCAGGACAUGAAGACUUUACAAACAGAGAUACUCAGGUUUGAAGACCAUGCCGCAUUGGACGGGGGUUUGGACGGGCUGUCUGUGAUUCGCCCAGUUUUGGGUCUGGGCUCUAAGCUCUUAACAAAGCAAGGACGGGUUUACCUCGAGGUUGCUCCAUGCCAUCCUCCAGUCAUUCAGCAGCUGAUAGAGGAAAUGAUGCCGGGGUUGCUUUAUCUGGAAACCCAUUGUGACCUCACCAACAGGCCACGAUUUUGCAUUUUACAGAAGAAAGGAGAGGAUGACUGAAACAAAGGACAGAGGAAAAAUACAUUAGGAAAGACAAGUCAGGAAGAUGAUCUUGGCUGGUAUGACACCACCAUACUAAGUAGAGCUAGAGUCUUUACCAUGAGCAAUUGCCCAUUUAAAAUGCCUUCAGUCAAAUUGCAGGUGGCACACUGCCAGUCUCCUCGCCUGUUCCCAGCAUGCACUGAGUUAAAAACCUGCCAAUCCUACCAAGAAGCUCCUUCGUGAAAUUUGCCGACCAAGGGUUUCUAUUUGUCUUGUGCUGUAACCUUCUGUUGUUAUAUCUUUUAUAUUCGCUUUCCUUUUAAUUGGUAAGCAUGUGUGUGUGUGUGGCUGUGGUUUGUUGUGGUAAGAUUGCAUUGAUUGUGAGUUUGUGCUCUGUGUGCAAGUGUCAGGGUGCAGUAGGCUGAAGGUAAUUAUUGAGGCCUUUUCUAAGAACUCCCCCUCCCAACCCUGCGCUAGUCACUCCCUGGAAGUAAUGCACUCAUUCUGCGAAACAGCUGGCCCGUUGCCGCUAACUCGCUCGCUCUGCUAGCCCACAAAGACAGACAGACAAACCAGACAUGCUCCACUACCACAAUGUAUACACCAAAUCUGUCUGUUCUCUUUGAAUGAGUGAAACCGAAUUGUACAUGCACUGCCUCCCUUCUCUGUUUUAGUAAUGUGUAUUAAAUUAUUGCGGAGACAUUUUAUAUUUAUUGUUCUUGUAGAGAUGCAAUGCCAUAAUAAAUGAACUAUUUUUAA